GAUGACAGAGGUUCUACCAGCUGAGGACAAUGAGGAACAGCCCCAGCUGACUCCUAAAGGGCAUGUAGCACAGUGAGAAGUAAACUUUCAUGGUUUUAAGUCACUGAAAUUUGGGGGCUGUCUGUCACUGCAGCAUCACCUGGCCUCUCCCUACUGGGGAAGCCUGAGCUACACCCCCACUCCCAUGAUGCACUUCUGUGCACGAAGACUAAAGAGGGUAAACAAUGCAGCAUAUCAGAAUACAACCCCAUAAAACAUUCCAAAUUCCAUGUCUCACCAGCAUUCUUUCUUCCUCUUGGCUUAUAUUAGGGGUAGGGGAUGUGGUUCAUUACAAAGAAUGAGUAUUUUGAUAGCUUCUCAUUCUUGGAACUAUUCUGCAGGUUUAUAACAAAGCUCAGAAAAUGCUAAAGCUUAAAGAAGAAUUGAGAGGUGCCAAGGAAAUGAAAGAUGAGGUGGGGGAGAGAGACCGAGAAGUGAGCGGCCUGAACAGCAAGCUCUUGAGCCUGCAAGUUGACAUCAAAAAUCUGCAUGAUGUCUGCAAGAGACAGGGGAAGACCUUGCAGGAGAACCAACUCUGUGUGGAGGAGGCAAUGAUGAGUAGCAACCGCAAUAAGAAGCAAGUGCUAGCAUUCAAGGAGCCGCGGAUGGAGUUUGAGCCCAGUAAGCAGUGCCAUCUGAGGCAACUCCAACAACUCAAGAAAAAAUUGCUUGCUCUCCAGCAAGAACUGGAGUUUCGCACAGAAGAGCUACAGACUUCUUACUGUUCCCUCCUACAGUAUCAGUCCGUCCUAGAAAAGCAGACUUCUGACCUGGUUCUUCUCCACCAUCACUGCAAACUAAAAGAAGAUGAGGUGAUUAUCUAUGAGGAGGAAAUGGGAAAUCAUAAUGAGAACACAGGGGAGAAGCUCCAUUUGGCACAGGAGCAACUUGCUUUGGCCGAGGACAAGAUCAUCUCCCUAGAAAGGAGCCUAAACCUCUACAGGGAUAAAUACCAGACUUCCCUAAGCAACAUUGAGUUACUGGAGUGCCAAGUGAAGAUGUUGGAGGGGGAACUCAGCGGGAUCGUCAGUCAGGACCCUGAGAAUAAGGGUGACCAUUCAAAGGUGCGUAUAUAUACUUCUUCCUGCAUGAUUCAAGAGCAUCAGGAGACCCUGAAACGACUGUCUGAAGUCUGGCAAAAGGUCUCUGAACAGGAUGAUCUAAUCCAGGAACUUCGAAAUAAACUAGCCUGCAGUAAUGCUUUGGUUCUGGAGCGUGAAGAGGCUUUGAUAAAAUUACAAGCAGAUUUUGCUUCCUAUACAGCCACACACAGACAUCCUCCUAGCUCCUCAGAAGAUUGUGAAGACAUUAAAAAGAUACUGAAGCACUUGCAGGAGCAGAAAGACAGCCAGUGCCUGCACGUGGAGGAGUACCAGAACCUGGUGAAGGACCUGCGCAUGGAGCUAGAGGCCGUGUCCGAACAGAAGAAGAACAUCAUGAAGGACAUGAUGAAGCUGGAGCUGGACUUGCACGGGCUGCGGGAGGAGACAUCCGCCCACUUGGAGAGGAAGGAUAAGGAGGUCAUCAUCCUGCAACGGCGGCUGCAGGAGCUACAGAUCCAGUUCACUGAGACCCAGAAGCUGGGUUUGAAGAAAGACAAGAUCCUCCAAGAGAAAGAUGAGAUGUUGCACGAGCUUGAGAAGGAAUUGGCCCAGGUUCAGAACAGCCUCAUGAAAAAGGAGAUGGAGUUGGAGAAGCAGCAACGAAUGACAACAGAACUUGAAAUCACCAUCCAGGAGGUAAAGCAGGAUAAGUCCAGGGCAGAGUGUGGAGCCCUGCAGGCCGAGAUCCAGAAGCUGAAGGACUGUCUUGAAGAUGCUCAACAGCAACAGAAGCUGAUUGCUCAGCAAGCAGCCCAGUAUAAAGAAGAGGCCCUUCUGGCAAAGAGUAACCUAGAGGAUUCCCAGAGGAAACUGCAAAGCUACCUAUUCAUGGAGAAGCAGAAGACGGAGACCAUCCAGGAGCUGCAGAGAGAACUUCAGAAGCUGCAGAAGGAUUCCUUGAUGGCCGGAGAGGAACUCGCACCCAACAGGAAACGGAUAGAGGAGCUGACGUCAGAACUCUCUGAGGCCCGGAGGAAGCUUGAACAUUCAGAGAAGGAAAAGAGGCAGUUUCAGAAGACAACAGCUGAGCAGGACGCGAAGCUGACUGACCUGCUAGAUCGUCUAAAACUCCUUCAACACCAGCAUAGGGAGCAAGCCUCCGCCAAAAGCAAUCUAGAAGAGGAGCUUCAGGAGGUAACAAGAUUAGUGGAGGAGAAACGGGAGCAGUUGAAAAAGAGCAAAGAACAGGAGAAGUUGCUGGAGCAAGAGCUCGAGACAUUCCGACAAGAGGAAAAAAGGAAAGAAAAGAUGACAAAGGAAAAUCUGAGAAUAUUGGAGGAGGAAAAUGAGAAUGUCAAAGCACAGUUAAUGCAAUAUUCCACGCAACUGGAUUCCUCUCUCAGCAAACAAAACGCCUCCCAGCAAAUGAUCCAAGAGCUAAAUAAUGAGCUAGUCCUUCAGAAGGAGGCCUUAGAGAGUCUGCAGGUCCAGCUGGACAAGAGUGUGCAGAAAGAGAAGCAAUAUCUCCAGACCAUGGUCAGUAAAGAAGCCUAUGAGGAAUUGUCCAGAAAGUCACUCGCCUGCCAAGAUGACCUGACACAAGCUCUGGAGAAGCUCAAUCAUGCGACCUCGGAGACCAAGAGCCUGCACCGAAGCUUGGCACAAGCCCAAGAGAGGAAAGUUCAGCUGGAAGAUGAAAUCAUUGCUUAUGAGGAAAGGAUGAAAAAGCUCAACGUGGAAUUAAGAAAACUGCAGGGGUUCCAUGAGCAGAGCGAGCUAGAGCAGGUGCAUGCCUUCGACAAGAAGCUGGAGGAGAUGAGCAACCAGGUGCUGCAGUGGCAGAAGCAGCACCAGAGCGACCUCAAGAUGCUGGCAGCUAAAGAGGAGCAGCUUAGGGCCUUCCAGGAGGAAAUGGCCGCCCUGAAGGAGAACCUCCUGGCAGACGAGAAGGAGCCCUGUUGUGUGCCCCAGAGGUCUGCACCUAAAGAUACUACCUGUAGGCUGCACCAAGAGAAUGAUCAGAUUAUGUCCAACAUGGAGCAAUGGGCAAAAGAGCAGAAGAUCGCCAACGAGAAACUAGGAAACAGGCUCCGUGAACAGGUCAAAUAUAUUGCCAAGCUAACUGGAGAAAAAGACCACCUCCACAAUGUAAUGGUCCAUCUGCAGCAAGAAAACAAGAAACUGAAGACUGAGAUAGAGGAGAAGAAGGUGAAAACCGGGCACCCAAGGCUAUACACCAAAGCCCUAGGCCCGAGCAAAACGGAGCCCAUACCAAAGGGAAAAGUGUGUGCCACCUUGGGCUGGAGGGGGAUGUCCCAGGACAUGAACCAAAGAAUGGACAUCACCAAGUUUGUCGGGAUACCCCACUGUUCAGGAAAAAAAAAUAUCUAAAGACCUCAAAAAGGAAAGUGAUCCUGAGACCCAAAAGAAAGGAAGAGAAAUGAGUGAUACAUUUUCCAAAUGGAAGAGGGAGAGAGAAACAUCUGCUUUCUCCUUGGCCACCAUAUUCCAUUUCUCCUUCUAAUAUUUUGUUUUUCUCCCCAGCCAGCUCAGUACAAGUAAAAUUCCAUUAUAACAAACUCCAAGCACAACUAAACUAUUUUAUUGUGGCAAGAUUUUGUUAAACUGAAUAUAUGUCUGGAAUAUAUAUUCCUAGUCUGUAGGAGAUUGACAGAAAUAGCUACUAAGAUAAAGUUAGAGAAAGAAAUGAAAGAGCUUGCAUCUUGGGGUGGAGGAUAGGAGAAGUGAAGGAAGAAACCCACUUCCUUGGUAAGGGGUUGGUAAGGAUUCUUAAAUAUUCUUGCCUCACUCCGCAGCCAAACAAAAGCCAAGAAAAUUCAUUCCAAAUAGGAACCUGUUGCAUAGAAUGCACAUGCCAAUACCUGGGAAAAGCAAAUACAAGAGGUGCAGUAUGAGGCAGGAGUGACGGGCAUCUCUGACAGUCUCUGCUGUGACAGUGUUGUUUGUUUGUUUAGGUUUAUUUUUAACUAUGUACCCCCAUUGGGUUUAGAGUAAGGAUAUAUUUCCCAGAGUAAACAAAGAUUGAAGAAUCUGGUACUAAUGAAAUGGUUUCCUGCUUCUACCCUGUAGCCCAUUCACUCAAACAAAAGUUCAGUGUCAUUAAAAUCCCUACUACAAUCCACUAAAAAAGACAUUUAGUCUCUAUAUUUAUGUAAAGGUUUCAGGGGUGCCUGGUGGCUCAGUUGGUUAAGCGUCCGACUUCAGCUCAGGUCAUGAUCUCACGGUCCGUGAGUUCGAGCCCCGCGCCAGGCUCUGUGCUGACAGCUCAGAGCCUGGAGCCUGUUUCAGAUUCUGUGUCUCCCUCUCUCUCUGCCCCUCCCCUGUUCAUGCUCUGUCUCUCUCUGUCUCAAAAAUAAAUAAACAUUAAAAAAAUAAAUUAAAAAAAAAAAAGAAAACGUUACAUAUAUUUUGGCCAAGAUAAUAAUAGCUGGAUACUUUUUUUUCUUUUUUAAAGAGAGGGAAAGUGAGAGAGAAUCUCAAGCAGGCUCCACACCCAGCAUGGAGCCCAACAUGGGGCUCAAUCUCACAAUUGUGAGAUCAUGACCUGACCAAGAUCAAGAGUUGGAUGCUCAACUGACUGAACCACCCAGGCGCCCCAAUAGCUGGGUACUUUGAAUGUUGUACAUUUUUUCAAAGUUAUCUUUCACUUCCUGUGGGGUGACUACACCAGAGCAUGGCAGGUAGUGGGUUACGGGGAGCAAAGGGCAGAGCAGGAAAACACAGAUAUGUCACCCUAGCCAUCUGGCCCUUUGAGCCCAGCUAGGCAGGAGAUCUGAUGGGGUAGAGGAGUUGAACUUAGAGAAAUGCAGUUUCUCUAAAGAUAAGGCAAAGGGCAGGGAAGUUGAGUGUUGUCUAAUUAUAAUUCUUUAAGAAAUAGCCAAAGGGGUUUCUAAAAGGUACUUUGAAUAGCUGAUAUUAGAAAUGGUCUCUGUAGGAUAUAGCGAUGGUGGACACUUGUUCAUUAUAAAUUUGUUCAAACGCAUCAAAUAUGUACCACCAAGAGUGAAGCCUAAUGUAAACUAUGAGUUCGGUGGGAUAAUGUGUCAAUGUAGGUUCAUCAGUCGUAACAAGUGAACCACUCUGGUGGGAUGUUGAUGGUGGGGGAGGCUAUGCAUGUGUGGGAGCAGUGGGUAUAUGGGAAAUUUCUGUACUUCCGGCUCAAUUUUGCUGCACACCGGAAACUGUCCUAAAAAGUAACCAAAAAAAAAAAAAUAGUGCUUCAGCCACCCAUUGAGAAGAUGUCACUCAGAUUCUGACAUCUGGGCCACAGAAUCCUUUGCAACAGAUUCUCUUGUAUCCACCUGGAGUAUAAUUUUCUCCACUGAGCUGAAGAAACCCAGAGCAAACAUCAGCCCCCUCAGGCUGUCUUACUAAAGGGAAGGAGAAGUUCAUUGGCAUCAUCAUGUUGCCCCAUAAGCACUUGUCUUUUGAGCCUUCUCUCAACAGCCCAACUGAGGAAGAAGCUUCCUGCCAUAGACAGGACCUUGCAAACAAGCUCUGGAGUCCCCAGAACGAACCCCCAUCUCAGCCCAAGACCCACAACUGCUGACAGGUGUCUAAAGUACCAUCAACUAGGCAUUUAAGGAUAGAUGCCCAUGACUGAGAGCAACAGGGGGCCCCCAGAAAGAUGUCCAGUUCAACAGCCUCACUGUUCCUUCACACCAGGAGAAAACCUGAAAGCCAAUCUCCAGAAUCCCCCUCAGGGUUUUUGUCAAAGACAUGCUUUUGUAUCCCUGGGGGCAGAAAUCAGUUAUAUCUGAGGAAGAGGUGGUAAGAAUCAGAAUAUUAAAGUGGGAAGGAACUUUAAGGUGGAUCUGAAUAUAAAGCGUCCAUAAUUUAAAAGAAAAUAUUAGAGACAGAGGUCCAGACAGACUCUUGUGCAGAAGUUCCAACACCAAAACAGAUUUGGGAAGCGCUGCUGGGGGGUGGGGAGCCUCCCCAAGCACCCUGUGGCACCUGUGUGUGGCAGGUGUCCUUGCAGGUGCUCCUUGUUUUUAAAUGAGAAGUUUGGGUUGACCCAUGGUUUUCAUAAUCUCUGGCUUCAUGUCUGUGAUCUAAGGAAUCGGAAGGUAAGUUCAUGACCAAGGUCACAGCCUGUGUGUUAAUAACAAAGCCAUUCACUGGAACCUCCAUUUUCCCCCGUUCUUCUGCAUCCCAAGCCCACGUCUGUAAAUAGAUCACAUACCCAGCUUACUU